UUCGGGUAGCUUGUCUUGUUUUCUAGAUCCGAGUCUCCAAGAAAGCUGAUCUGGAACAGGCCUCCUGAGAGGUGAAGAGUCCCAACAAGCAAGCCAAGAGGCUGCUGGUGGCUAUGGAAAAUCAGAGCCUGCUCAGUGGCAUCUCCAGUCUGGAAGAGGGGGUGGGUAUGGAGAUGUUUAGUCAGCACGGGCUGUUUGGCUCUGAACUCUUCAGUGUAGGAAAUGAAGCAAUGAAUGCACCUCCAGAAGACAGGUUUCACUCUGGGCAAGACACUCGCCUAUGCACUGUGGCUGUGGAGGAAACUUUGCUGGAUCACUUCAAGUAUCCUCUCAACAUUGAAAGUCACAAUGCAGUUCUGGAAGUCGAAAUGGAGCCUGUCAGUGAGGAGGACCAUGAUAAUGAAACCCUUGGAAAACAGCAUAUGUUACAGGAAUUAAAUCUUUCUGAAGAAAUCAAACAUUUAUAUCCACCUCAUCCGCAGUUGCAACCAUACAAUGUCCAUUUUCUGUCUUCCUUGGCUAUGCAACAUAAAAAUACAAAUGUCGUGUUGCUGAGCGCCUGCUCUCCAGAAGGAACAGUGAAUCAAAAUGUCAGAUUGAUACCAAUAUUCAGACCACUACUACGUGCUGGUGAGAAUAACUGUAUUUGUUACGAUCAAUUUAAAGAAAUGCUUAAUAGUUCUGUACAGUCACAAGGCCUGCAAACUUGCUCAGAUGAACCUUCCAGUGGACCUCAGACGUCAGAUGAGUUUGCUGAAUUAAGACAGGCAGUAAUUAGUAUUACACCAAAUAACCAAGAAGAAGCAGCUUUACAGAAUUCAGAUACAGGAGAAACCAGCUGCAAGUUACUUGCUUCAGAAAAUGUAAUGGAGGAACUUGGCUGUUUACAAAGAGAAGAUUCCAGCCCGGUGGUGAUCUGCCAAGUGAAAGGAAGUACUCAGAUACUUUGUAUAAACAGUUCUGGCACAAGAGACCUAAAAACAGUUCAUCUGGCUCCCCACUAUCAAGACCAACAUAAUUAUCUUCAGUCAGAUACAAGUAACCCUAUGAUGACUCUACUGGGACAGUUUUUAUCAGUUCCAGGCAAACUGGAUCUCAGUGAACAGCAGCUUGAUAAUGGAUCCUUACAAACUGUGGCCAGUAGUGCCGAAUUUCAUCCAGAACCAGAUCUUCAGGGCUCAACAAAAGUUACUUUAAUUGGAUUGCCUCUUAGUUCCUGGGAUAUAAAGUCUAGAAAGCCAUGUAACUGUACCAAAUCUCAGUGUCUGAAAUUAUACUGUGAUUGCUUUGCCAAUGGUGAUUUUUGCAGCAACUGCAACUGCAACAAUUGUUACAACAAUCCACUUCAUGAAACUGAGCGAUUUAAAGCAAUUAAGGCCUGUCUUGAUAGGAACCCAGAAGCUUUCCUCCCAAAGAUUGGGAAAGGGAAAACAGGAGAUAUCAAGCCUCGUCAUAAUAAAGGAUGUAAUUGCAAGCGCUCAGGGUGCCUUAAGAAUUAUUGUGAGUGUUUUGAGGCUAAAAUUAUGUGUUCCUCUAUUUGCAAAUGCAUUGGUUGCAAAAAUUAUGAAGAAAGCCCAGACAGAAAAACACUAAUGAACAUGCCAGACUACACUGAUAUUAGAAAUAAUGAAGAAGACAGCCCUAUGUCAACAUCUGCAUUUGAAAUGUUAUCAGAAUCCAGGAAAGAUGGCCAGACUACUGCAUGUAUAUCCUGGGAUAUUGUUGAGGCAACAUGUGCCUGUCUCCUGGCACAAGCUGAAGAGGCAGAAAAAGAAGCUUAUUCAAUUUGUGUAGCUGAACAAAUGAUCUUGGAAGAGUUUGGGAGAUGCUUAUCACAGAUUCUGCAUUCAGAAUUUAAAUCCCAAGGAGUGAAAGUUGAGUAACAGAGAAUAUAUUCUAAAACUAAUUUAUGAUGACUUUACAUACUUCCAUAUUUUAGCAAUGUUGCAACUUGAUAGCCAGAUUUUGAUCUCUCACUGACUUCUACUGACUUUCUGCUUAAUUUCACUGGUUUAGUGCUCUGGACCUUAUAAUCAGACUGAUUCCACUUAAAUCACCUAAAUUAACUUACUUAUGCUAAUGGAUUUUCUUAUAAAACAGCAUAGUUAUCUUGGGUCAAAUUCCGAAGUCUUUACCUAGACAAAACUCUCAUUGGAGUCCAAGAAAUUUAAAUGGCUUUCGUAAGAGUUGAUAUGAAUAAGGAUACAAUAAAAACUUAAGACUACAGUUUUAGCCAUUUCUGUUCUUAGGCCAAUUACUUUUCCAAUUUUUUUACCUACUAUGUUUCUCUCUCUUUCUCUCUGUCUCUUUCUCUUUCUCUCUCUCUCACUCAUAUACACACACACACACACACCCUUCCACUCUCUCUGGUAUGGUUUAAUUUUAUCUUGUUCAAUUUGUUAAAAAAGAGACAGAGAGAGGCCAGAGUUGAAAAGUGGCUAGCUUGGUGAUCAAGAGCCUGAUCCAAAGCUGACAGAGGUUAAUGGCCUUUGGAUCAGCCUCCCACACAAAAAAACUCAGCUAUCUAGUACCUUAAAAGUACAUAGGGAAAAGAACCACCCUGUAACCUAUAAUGAAAAGGAUGCCAGUCAGUUGAUACACUGUUUUGAGGAUGCACAUUUCAGGUUCAGGAAAUAAAUCAAAUAUUUAAUUGAAGAUUUUAGAGAGGGUCCCCAUUUUUCCAGUUGCAAUUUUGCAUCACAAAUAUUUUGGUUGGAUGUGGACUAUUAAUAUGUAUAUCUGAAACCUCACACUCUGGCUAGAUGGGGAGGAGGGCUAACAAAGAAUCAAGUCUUCUAAGUUUUCUGUAAUCCCUGUCACCUAUAGCUGCUGUUCCUCAGUAUUCAGGACAGUAGAGAUUCUGUGAACAGACAGCCAUGCCCACAUUAAUAAUUCCUGCAGCCAAACUAUCCUUCCCUUUUCUAAAUCUUAUCCUUUUAUCGCCAUAAACUAGCUUCGUACCUCUCCCUAUGUUCAAGUCUGAAAAUUUCUCCAUUGGUACACCACAUUCUAAUAUAAUGCACCCUGGAGGACAUCUGAGACAUUGGGGAAUCAUUGUGCCCACGUGAGAGAAGUAGCUUUGGGGAAAUAGUUUGAAGAAGUAGAAAUGAAUGCCAGCGAGAGAAGUUUUGUAAACAAAGUGUUGAUGUUGAAGGAGGCUCUAAAAACUAAAUACACAGGUAUUGUGGUAAACAGAGCUAGAACUAAAUUAGAGAGCAAGGCUCUUGAGACAUCUUUAUAUAUGCUCCAGAGGUGAAGUGGGGCACUUUAAUUAGAGUGGGUCUGAA